CUGUCGUGAAAGACAAGCAAAAUAAAGGUUAUUAUUUCCUCUACUCCACCUGUGUUAUUAAUUUGUCUAGAUCAAAUGAAUUAAUAGGAUCAGGUACAUAAUCAUCGCAUAUCAUUUUUAUCCCACUUCACUAUGUCUUGCGAAAACACCGCUGUUAACGGAAUAAUAAAACCAAAGCAAUGUACCUAUCUCAAAGAUACAAACCCCUGUGUGUAGUUGUAUAAUUCCGGUGGCAUAUAUAUUAAUAGAAAAUAAAAAUAGAAGCCAGCGCCACUUUUCCAUGAUCGACGCCCAGCCAAAGCAUGGGAACCACAGGCUGAAAGUCACCUAAAUGAAACGGUCGCAUGGGGAUUGAGCCGCCACACAACAUCCAUCCAACACCCAAAACUACCUCGACUACUUCUCCUCGACAUCGAAACUCGACAUACGAAGCGAAUCGUUGGAUAUUGAAGCGUGUAGGAAGUUUGACGGAAGGAAAGCCUGACGUGACGCUGGCUGUGCCCACUCGUGCUCGCUGCGCCCGCGGAUACGGGGCGACGGAAGUUCUCGACAAACGUCAUACUCCCAUCCAACCUCCACUCGGACCUAAAGUUCCCAUCACCAACCCUACCUGCCUUGCCCCCAUUCCUUUUUCCGCCGACCCGUCAAGAUGGUUCUCGAAAUUCCUCGGAGACGGUUCAUGCGAUCCAUCAACAGCAAGUACAUUUAUGGCAGAGUUGUGAGUGUCCCUCUCGAAGCAAGCGGGUGUCCGUUGGGUGGAUGGUGUCACUUUGCGACGAUCGACUUUGUGGUCCCUGAUUUGGGGUUUUUGAUUCCGGAGUUUGGUUGCUGAUUUGCGGUUGGUGGAUAGCCUUUAGUACAUCUUCUUGCUUUCCUUUUAGAGUUGACCAUGGUUGCGAGAUUGAUUGCGAAGUUCAACGGCUAUUAUGCUGAUAGACCUGGUUUGUUCCCAUCUCGUCUUUGAUAAGCAUUUUCUAACGUGUUACCAGUUCUCACGAUGAUGAUAACCAACGCGGUGCUGGGAGGAAUCGCAGAUACCGUAGCUCAAUCUAUAACAGCCAUCCGCUUGGCUGCUUUGCGCAAACCCGGUGGAAUCACCAAGGACGAUGCGAUGGCAAUCGAGAUCCACGAGUUGGACCGGAAGAAUCCUUUCCAUGAGCGGGAUCUGAUUCCCGAUUCGAAAGCUGCGAUUCUACCUCCACCAUUUGACUUUGAACGAUUGACGAGGUUCAUGGCGUAUGGGUUUUUGAUGGCGCCGGUGCAGUUCAAGUGGUUCCAGUUUCUGUCGAGGGCGUUUCCUAUUACGAAGACGAGUAGUCUUGGGCCGGCGAUGAAGAUGGUGGCUUUUGAUCAGUUGAUCUUUGCGCCUGUUGGUUAGUACAUUUCUUAUUGGUGUUUGGGGUGGGAACUAAUUUGUGUAGGGAUUGCUACGUUCUUUACGGUUAUGACGGUUGCAGAAGGUGGUGGACGACGAGCUGUGUCGAGUAAGCUUCGUGAGAUGUACUUGCCAACCCUCAAGGCCAAUUUUAUGGUUUGGCCUCUGGUUCAAAUCAUCAACUUCCGAAUCAUGCCAAUUCAAUUCCAAUUGGUAAGUUGUCUUCAUUGUCCUUGACAACGAUGACAUCUAAUUAACAGUAGCCAUUCGUGUCAACCAUUGGUAUCGCCUGGACCGCCUACUUGUCGCUUUCCAACGCAGCUGAAGAAGGCGAAGCUCGGUCAGCUCCCCAAUCGCCUAACAUCCGCUUGUUGUAA